UAUACAUAGAAGCAUUGAUAGUUGAAAAGCAAAUCGAAGAUGGGCAAGAAGAAUAAAUCCGGCGGUAACCUGGGUCGAGCCCUGAUCAAGGACCGCUUUGGGUCCAUGAAAGGGAAAAAAACAGCGGGUGAUUCGUCGAUGCUACAUACAGCAGAGAUCAACGAUGGCUAUGAUUGGGGACGUCUCAAUCUCCAAUCCGUCACUGAAGAGAGUUCCUUCCAAGAGUUUCUCUCAACGGCAGAGCUUGCCGGAACUGAAUUCCAGGCAGAGAAAUUAAAUGUUAUGUUUGUCAAUCCAAAAAGUGGCAUCGGGUUGUUAUCAAAGGAGGAGAAAGCCAAAGUCCUAGAGUCCCAUGAGGAAAACAAAAAACUUUUAAAAAUACCUCGAAGACCAGCUUGGGAUCAGAGUACAACAGCUUACGAGUUGCAAGUAAAGGAGAAAGAAGAGUUUUUGGAAUGGCGAAGACAGCUGGCACUCCUUCAGGAAGACAAAGGUCUCAUGCUGACCCCUUAUGAAAAGAAUUUAGAAUUUUGGAGGCAACUCUGGCGAGUGGUCGAGCGGAGUGACGUCGUUGUCCAGAUUGUAGAUGCGAGGAAUCCUCUCCUCUUUAGAUGUGAAGAUCUUGAGGUAUAUGUUAAGGAAGUAAACAAAAAUAAGCUCAACAUGAUCCUGCUGAACAAAGCUGAUUUUCUAACUGAGCAUCAAAGACAGGCAUGGGCAGAUUAUUUUAGUGAGAAGAAUAUGAGGGUUGCAUUCUUUUCAGCAACGCUUGCCGCUGAUGAGAAAGAUCCUGAAGAACUCUCGAAGGAAAGUGAUGACAGAAAUGAUAUGGAUGAAGAAAGUAGCGAGGAUGAUGAUGAUCAUAGUCAGUAUACCAGCAAUCUCGAUUCUGAGAAUGGAUCUGAAGCAUCUUCGGAUACUGAGUAUGAAAGCGCUGAAGAUGGCUUCACAGAUACAGUACAGAAUCCCCAGCAAUCUUACCACAAUAUUAAAGAAAACCCUGCGGAACCGUUACACAAAAUAUCUAAUCUAAAUGCAUCUAAAGACAAUGACAGCGUUUGUAAUACUACUGUUGAAAGUGAUAAGCGAAUUGAAAACUCUUCAGAAUUACUAACGAGAGAAAAAUUAAUAGAACUUUUGAAGAACAUUUACAAGGGGACGACGUAUCAGCCUGGAAUUACUACAAUUGGUUUGGUGGGUUAUCCAAACGUUGGUAAGAGUUCGACGAUCAAUGCACUAUUGAUGGAAAAGAAAGUUUCCGUGUCGGCAACACCUGGAAAAACAAAACAUUUCCAGACGAUAUUUCUCGAAAAAAAUCUCCUCCUUUGCGACUGUCCUGGACUGGUUAUGCCGAGCUUUAUUUGUACUAAGGCGGACAUGAUUCUUAAUGGUAUAUUACCAAUCGAUCAAAUGCGAGACCAUGUCCCUGCAGUCACUCUACUCGGUACCCUAAUUCCAAGGCACAUAAUUGAAGACUUGUACGGCUUCAUGCUACCUCCACCUUUGGAGGGAGAAGAUCCUACUAGGCCACCCACUGCUGAGGAACUGCUAAACGCCUAUGGAUAUAACAGAGGGUUCAUGACACAGAAUGGGCAACCCGACAAUCCGAGGUCUGCUCGCUAUGUAUUGAAAGACUACGUGAAUGGCAGAUUACUAUAUUGUGUAGCACCACCAAACCUUCAGCAGGACAUGUUUCACAAGUUUCCUGAGCGAAAGAAACUCAGUAUAGUCGACAGAGUCCUACCACCUAGAGCUGCCAGGGCUGUGAAAGGUGUCAGGGUGACAACAGAUGAUUUGGAUAAGGCGUUUUUCCAGAAAACAAUACCAGGUGCUCAUAUCAGGGGAAAACUUGGAAAAACUGGAGGCUUACCUGUUAGAAUUGGGCAGAGUGAAACAGAUUCUUUGAUUGGUUCGACCUCAAAUCUGACAGUGGGUGCAAAGCCGUGGAAACAGAUCAAUAAACACUCAAAUAAGAAGAAACGUGAGAAAGCUAGACGAAUCUAUGCUCAUCUUGAUCAGCACUGAAAUACCUAUUCUAUUACUCAAAAGUUGUUAUGAAAUACUGAAUAAUUCCGCCCAAAAAGGGUUGUUAUUCUUAUGUUUUAAACAUUAACACGGUGCUCAUACUUGAGAUCUAAAUUUAAUAUGUGAAUCUAAGUGUGAUCCAAACAGCAGCUUGAUAA